CCAGAGCCUUGUCAACAUCAGAAUAUUUCUUCUCAGCCUUGUACUGUAAAUCCACUCCUUCCUGUCUUAUGGCUUGGUCAUUGCCAUGAUCAUUAUUUCAUGCCUUCAUCUGUCGCUUUACCCAAGAAUUGGCCCAAAGACACGGCCUUCCUAAAUACCCUUCACAUCCCAGCACCACUCACAAGCACAUCCCUCGACGUCUCACUUCCCUCGACCCUCCCCAUCAUCAAACCUCCACCAACUCCAAAUCCGCUUGUCCGCAUCACACCCAUAACCACGCCCUCACACCCGGCCAACGGACAAAACGGACUCUUCGCACUUCGUCCACUACCACCCUCGUCAUUCAUAAUAUUGUAUCUCGGCACCUUACACCCAUCAUCAACCACGGAUCCGACAUCAAACUACGACCUCAGCCUCGACCGCGAGAUAGACUUGUCCAUCGACGCCACUUAUUGCGGCAACGAAGCCCGCUUUAUCAACGACUACCGAGGGAUCCGUCACGAAGGACCAAAUGCCGAGUUUCGUGACUGUCUUGUCGAGACAGGCAAAGGCAAAUUCGAGCGAAGGAUUGGCGUGUUUGUCUUGAGUGCGGGAAAGGCUGGGAAACGAAGCAAUGGGAUCCCUAAAGGUUCAGAGAUCGUGGUAAGCUAUGGCAAAGGGUUCUGGAAUGCUAGGACUGGUGAUGGUGAUGCGGACGAAGAUCACGACCAUGCAACCGGACCUUGAAUGAGCAAGCAGUUUUUCACCAGUAUUUGACCGUCGCCAUUCUUCAUUAUAUGUCUAGAU